UGGCCUACCACACGUACCUAGAUUCCAGCCUGCGUUGCAGGACCCGCAAGUUUGGGAACCAAGUCGGACGCCGAUUCACUCGGGGCGUCUCAAUCGUCUAUGCAAGCACGCAUAGUGCACCCCAAACAUCACGUCGGUCCGUGCUAACGCUCCUAAUUAGUUUGAGUGCCACCAGUUCUUCUGGCGCAUUUGCUGAACCAGCACCACCCACUCAAGGCGAGCCUCCUCCGGCCAUCGCCUUCCCAGUUAGCACGCCGGCCCCUGCUCCACAGCCGAAUGAUCCGACGAUCUUCACGUAUGACUUCGUCUCUGACAUUCCAUGCAACCUGCGGGUUCGGGAGUAUUGGACGAUAAUCAAUCAGACUCGGCCGAGGACAUGGCAGCAGAUCGCCCAGCAAAUCCAAACAGGGAGGUAUGAUGUUCUCAGCAUUGAUCUUAAUCUGGCACCCAUGGCUGACCUUCGGCAAGCAGCGCUUUUCCUGCCGUGGGCGCUCCUCCAGAACUACGACUACACGGCUGCUGCUGAUGCCAUGAAGGCCUACAAGAACUUGGACGAGCAUAUUAAAGACUUGCAGCGCGCGGCUUUGGCCGCAGCUACUUUCGCCUCUCCCGAAUCGUCAGCACAGCAGGCUCAGCAGGUCCAACAGGCUUUCAUCCUCAUGUCUGCCUCCCUGGACGGCUACCUCGCGACCGUGCCAUCUCGAUACACGGCUACUCUCAGCCUCUUUGGGAAAGGCAAUGGCAACGGCAACGGGUCAAACAACAGUUCAUCAGCCCCUGCACCAGUCCCCAUGCCUGCACUGGCUUCUCCCCCAUCCCCUGCAGGGGCAGCUACAGGGGAGCCAGUCCCGGAACAGCAAUAAUCGCCUGAGCGCCGGCUUUUGCCGCUGCUGCGCAGCAACCCAUUUCAGGUGUUGCGCUGUGUGGGACUUGGAGCGCGCAGAGAGAGCUGGAUACGGUGAGCUCCGUCCUGGGUAUGCCUACUUAGCUUCAUCGCAUGUGGACCCAGCCUUCUCGUAUCAUGCUUCUGGAUAUUGUUGGACCCUAGUUCAGUUGUUGUGGAAAGCAAUGGACAGGUUAGGGCUAAGGAUUUGGGUGUACUCGGACGCGACGGAGCGUGUGGUGUAGUGGAAAACUGGAGAGGAGAUGCCGAACGUUGCAAGGUUUGCGAAGAAGAACCCAACUGCGCUGCAGCUUCAGGGGCAGGGCGCUUUGGGAAUCGUUCCCCCUCCUAAUGUGCGCCUGUAGCAGCUGCGCGGUGGGCCUCGUUGCCAUGCCGUGAUUUACUUGCGAGAAGCGUAAAAUGC